AUGGAAGGUUCUAAACAUCUGCUUAUUCGUGGAAAAUCGAAGAAUGAGAAAGUCAAAGAGGAUAACAUAGAAGAGAAGUUAAAUAAUGCAGAAUUCGUAGCAGAUUUUGAGAAAGAAUUGAUUGACUUAGAUUAUGCGCGGUAUAUUCACAUCACAAGGAAUGGGUCAAAAACUUCUCCAAGCUCCUGCGCCAAAGGAAACCAGGACUCCUUUGACAUGUGCUUGUAG